AUGCUUGAAAGCGCACCGGAUGAGGCUCUUCCCGAGAAAGACUUUCUAGAAAAGGAGCCUAUGGCUUCUCAACGAACUGUGCGCCGUCUGGAUGAGGCUGCGGUCUCAAAACCCUUUUUUAUUCCCUUGGGUUGGCCGCAACUGCGUGAAGGCAAGUUCUAUUCAUCGUCGGACCCGGAGUGGAGAGAGUUUGUUCGUAUCUCUCGGGAUGGCAGGAAGCUCCAAUCGCUGAAAGAGGACUUGGCAACCAUGGCUUUGCGCCAUGCAUCCGCAUCAAACAUACUUAUUCAACUUCUUGGUGGGCCGCUGACCGUAACUGAUUUCUGGCUUGUUCACCACUUUCCGUCUCGUGGCCCACCUGAAUAUGCCUUGUCGGGGUUGGAAAUAGCUGAUACUGAAAUCUCGUGGGCCAUGAGACCAGUGUCCUCAGAUACCGGCGAUCGUAUCCUAAAAUGCAUGAAACCUCUCUUUGUGGCACUUGCUGCAAGAGACGCCUAUCUUGUCUUAAUAAAAAGGCAACUCUCGCGCAUGGGGUUCCAGGUAUCUGAUCGAAUACAAUUCGGUACUGAUUCAUUGGUCAUGCCGCCAUCCGGGACGGGGCUUACAGGGCUCAAUUUGGACGGUUCCGCUGGUUGUCACAAAACAGGGUCUCAAAUAUCUCUUGCGGAUAAGCCCCAUGGGAGAGUAACACAGAAAAACCAUCCAUGGCUGAAUCCCUCGUCAAUACUAUCCUCACUUCAAUGGUUACAUUUGCCGAAUUUCGGUCCCGAAUCGGAUUUGCGUGCGGCUGCAGUAGCUUUUAAGUGGCGGUUGAAUGAUUGCUGGACUCGCGAGUUGCGCACUCCUCGCCGCGGCACCUUCUUUAUCGUCGGUCCAGUUGGUCUCAAAGGCCCCAAAGGAUUCUGUAGGGUCGAGAUUCGGGGCGAGUACGAUCCGUCGACCUCGCGCUGGACGAAUGUGUCAAUGCAACUCAAAGACUUAAACAUCUUCAAGCAGAGAGCUCUUGGGAGCCGAUGA